CUGUACUUCUAUAUAAUCUAUAUAUAUAUAUAUAUAAAUAGAUUACUCACAAUCUCCUCAUUCUACUCCUAAAUCACGAGUUUUUCUCUCUCUUUCCCUUUUACUUUCUCUGAAGCCAAACACUGGAAAACCCAAACCCUAAGAUGGUCGACAAGGACGACGACUUAGGCUUGAGUCUAGCCCUAAAAUGCCCAGAAGCGCGGCCUCAGAGGCCUCUCAAUCUCUUCAUGCAAAAGAAGGCCCUCUGCAGCGACGCGUUUCAUGCAUCUGAGACGAGAGCGUACCUGAGAGGCAUCGACGUGAAUCGGGCACCGACGAUGGCGGAUUGCGAGGAUGUCGGGGUGUCGUCGCCAAACAGCACGAUAUCCAGCAUAAGCGGGAAGAGGAAUGACAGGGAAACCAACGAAGAAGAGAAUGAGAACGAGAAUGAGAUUGAGAGUUCGGAGGAAGACGCCGGAGGCACCGGGGACACCGUCAGGAAGAAGCUCCGGUUGUCGAAAGAACAGUCGGCGAUUCUCGAAGAGACAUUCAAAGAACACAACACUCUCAACCCGAAGCAAAAGUUGGCGCUAGCGAAGCAAUUGAAUCUGAGGCCGAGGCAGGUGGAAGUUUGGUUUCAAAACAGAAGGGCAAGAACUAAGUUGAAGCAGACGGAGGUGGACUGCGAGUAUCUGAAGAGGUGCUGUGAGAAUCUAACCGAGGAGAACAGACGGCUGCAGAAGGAGGUGCAGGAGCUGAGAACACUGAAGCUUUCACCACAGCUCUACAUGCACAUGAACCCUCCCACCACUCUCACCAUGUGCCCAUCGUGUGAGCGCGUGGCCGUCGCGUCCGCCUCAUCCUCAGCACCCUCUCCAUCACCCGCCUCCAACCCACUUGCUGCAGCCCCUCAUUUCCCAUUGGGCCCGCAUCAACAUCGGCCCAUGCCCAUAGCCGGGCCAUGGGCCGGAGCAGCAUCAAUGCGCCACAGACCGUUCGAUGCCCAUGGCACCAGGUCGUGAAUUGUUGGAGCGCAGCAAGGUCAUUUUGGUCAUUAGGGAGAAAUGGAUUUUGUGGAGAGGGGGAGGGGCAUUAGGAUAUAGGGUGGGGUGGGGCCGCCCCUGUCUUUGGGAGGUUGUAAGAGAAAGUUGUCUUUAUAAAUGAUUACAAAAGGAAUCUGAAUCUCUUUCUGAUUUUACUUGAUACUAUA